GGAGUAGCCGGGUGAUGACGACACUGUUUUGGAGAAAGCUCUCGUGAGCUGCCUCUCACCACUCUGACGCGACAAGGUCGUGUAGGAGAGCGGAUCGCGACUCUUUUUAUUUGAACAAAACAGCAUUCAACACAUCAACAAUCAUGGUGCUUGUUCCCGGACUGCUUCCGCCAUCGCGCGAGAAUUGGGUCAUCAUCAACAACCUUUGGCAGUUCUUCCCUGUCGUGACUGGUAUACAAUGGCUCAUUGACUGGUAUCCUCAAGGCAAGACAUCAGUCGAGUCGCGCUUCAAUCUUCCUGGAAAAUGGGCUUGGGCUCUCAUGGAGGCUCCCGGCUUCAUUACGCUGCUCUACAAUAUGAAGACGCUGCCGGCUGAGCUUGGUUUGGGUCCCCUGCCUUGGGUCAAUUGGACUAUGGCCGGUCUCUACUCUAUUCACUACUUCUACCGCGCCAUCCUCUCCCCACUUUUCCUCAACCCCAGCAUGUCGCCCAUCCACCCCAUUGUCUUCGUCUCAGCUCUAGCCUUCAACCUGACCAACUCCCUGUGUCUUUCAGGCUUCCUAGCUGGUUACGGUCCUACCACCGUCUACGACUGGUCUGGCCGCCUCUACUAUAUCCAAGCGGGCCUUGUCAUCUGGGGCUGGGCCCUCCUCGGCAACAUCUUCCACGACGAGGACCUCCGCGAGAUUCGCCGUUCCGCUCUCCGCCGUCAGAAGAUCCAAGCCAAGAAAGAUAACAAGCCCAUUGAAGGUGUCAAGAAGCUUUACAUGAUGCCCAAGAACGGUCUUUUCCAUUACGUGCUUUUCCCUCACUAUCUUUGUGAAUGGUUUGAGUGGGCUGGUUUCUGGAUGAUUGGUGGUUUGGCUUGUACGCCUGCUAGGGCUUUCUUGUUCAACGAGAUCAGCACCAUGUUGCCUCGUGCUCUGCAGGGAAGACGUUGGUAUAUUCAGAAGUUUGGCAAGGAUAGGGUUGGCAACCGCAAGGCUGUCAUUCCUGGUCUCAUCUGAUUCUGGAGAAAAUUCUAGGAUUCGGUCGGUCUUCAUGGACGUUGCUCUAUUCUUUGAAAUUAAUCAUGUCUUUCUAUAGCUGCAAGUACGACUAGGUUCACAAGCAAGGAGAGUAAGCAAUAUGCAUACUUUUUAUGGACCCUGUUUUUACAUGUACAGCUGAAGCUUGCCAGGCCCCUAAACAUAAUACCAUCUUACACUCCUGUUUGCCCCC